AAAAAAACGAGUAAUAAGGAUGCAAAAUUAAUAAAGUCACCUAAUUUUCUCUCAAUCUGGAGUUGAGUAUGAUCCAAAAACACGCUGUCAGAUUCAUCCCUAAUUCUGUGUAUAUCUUUUAGGGUUAGGUUGUAUCUGCAUUCGUAUCUGAUUAAUCAUAGGAGUAGUAUAUAUCGAUUGGGGUUUUGGGUUAGGUCGGCAAUGGCGAGAAUGGUUCGGAGCUGCAUACAGUCGUUGCUGAAGCUGAUAAAUUCGAUGAUUGGGAUGGUUGGGAUAGCAAUGAUUUUGUAUGCUUUGUGGAUGAUUAGGGUUUGGCAUGGACACAUGGAUGAUUCGCCCUUUGAUGCUCCAGCCCCAUGGUUCAUCUACACUUUUCUUGGCCUCGGGGUCACUUUGUGUGUGAUCACACUCUCAGGUCAUGUUGCUGCAGAGACUGCUAAUGGUUGCUGCCUUUAUUGUUAUAUGGUGUUUGUCUUUUUGCUUUUCAUGCUGGAAGCUGCUGUGACUGCAGAUGUAUUUUUGAACGACAACUGGGAGGAGGACUUUCCAGAGGAUUCAACUGGAAAUUUGGAAGAUUUCAAAGAUUUUGUCAAGGCCAACUUUGAGAUGUGCAAAUGGAUAGGCUUGUCAAUUGUGUCUGUACAGGGACUAUGUAUGUUAUUGGCUAUGAUUCUGAAAGCACUAGGGCCACACUCUGAAAGAUCCUAUGACAGUGAUGAUGAUUAUACUCCAGACAGAGUUCCACUCUUGAAGAAUUAUGUACCCACUCCUUAUGUUGUUGGUGACCCUGUCUAUGGGACCAAGAAUGCUUCGUAUGUGAGGAUUAAUGAUAAGACAAACAGAUAAGAGGAUUUGAUCAGUGACAGCCUUCGUAUUAUAUGGAUGAUAAGGAAGUGCAGAGGAAGAAAUGUAUAUGAUCUAUCAACAAUCCUUACAAGCUUAUGAGGUUGGAGAUGGAAAAUUGGCAGGCGUAGAAAGGUUGGUAGGAUUUUUGUAAACACGUGGAAUAAACUAUAGAAUUCUCUGUUACUAUACUGGAUUCUCAAAGUUUGCAAUAGCAACCAUGCUGGACAUUUUUUCGUA